AAGUUGAACUAAAGUUCCCUAAGGACGAACUGAAGGGAAAUGUUAUAGACAUAAGGAUUAAAUGGAUGUCCCUGUGUUUGUGGAAGUGUCUUGUGAUGUGAUUUCUUUGUGUUAGAGUGAUAAUUUUAAACCAUGGCGGAUAAAGAAAAGAAGGUUAAGAAGAAGAAGAAGGAAGAAGGAGAAGCUCCUGCUGUCGCUCCUGCCCCCGCCGAAACCAGGUCCUCCUCAAAGAGUUCCUCCAAGAAAGCCAAAAGGUCUGGUUCCAAUGUCUUCUCCAUGUUUUCGCAAUCUCAAGUAGCUGAAUUCAAAGAAGCUUUCCAACUUAUGGACCACGACAAAGAUGGUAUCAUCUCCAAGAGCGAUUUGAGGGCAACCUUCGAUGCUGUUGGUAAACUCGCCAGUGAAAAAGAGCUCGACGAGAUGAUCAACGAAGCACCCGGACCAAUCAACUUCACUCAAUUGUUGGGAUUGUUCGGAACCCGUAUGGCUGAUUCAGGCGGUACUGACGAUGAUGAAGUUGUCGUCAAAGCUUUCAGAUCCUUUGACGAAAACGGCACCAUUGAUGGAGACAGAUUCCGUCACGCCCUCAUGACCUGGGGAGAAAAAUUCACCGGCAAAGAAGUCGAUGAUGCCUUCGAUGCCAUGGAAAUCGACGACAACAACAGGAUCGACACCCAGGCCCUUAUCACCCUCUUAACAGCAGCCGAGAAAGAAGAAGGUGAAGAAGGUGAAGCCGCAUAAACACCAUCAUAACUUGUAAAAGAAAGUCAAUGUAAAUCUCCACGGCUACCGUGUAGUUCCACUCAAACGAAAACAUCAAUUCGCAUACAUCUAAGUGUGGUGUGUUUCUUAUAUAAUUCCAACCUGAACUUGGACACAUAAGGAAAGGUGUACUUAUAUGUGUAUUUUAUUAUGUAUUUGUUUUUAAGUUUAUUUUUAUUCAGUUGCUUUACCAUCACGUGACUCAAAAGAAAUAUAUUAUUUUUUGUUUCAU